AUGAAAUGCAGCAAACACGUGUCAAGAAAAGACAAACUCGGGAUGUAUAGUGUGCUAAAUACAAAUACAUCGUGUGAAAAACUUAGCAAAUAGUAGAGAAUAUCAAAAGUCAAUAACUCGCAUCAUCACAAUAAGAUGUGAUUAUCGUGUAAUUAACUGGAAACCGAGGAAAGGGUGUGCCAUGGCCACUCGUUCGGUGCGCGGUUACCUGUGAACCCCGAUAAUUAAAGCGUGGCUAUGAAUAUUCAUGAAGUUCGUGGUAUAUAAUCUGACGAUUCCGCAUCUUUUGACAGUACUGAGGACAAACGAAUUAUUAAUAACAUAUAAGUAGGUUUAUUUUCAUAUUUACGGGUGAUUCAUUCAUUUUGAGAGCUCCCCCUUUAUCCAGUGGGGCAACACAGAUUGGUAAGAGUGAAGUAAUUGAAACGUUAGCGCGUGGCAGUGUGUAGAACACCUCGAGUACACUAGCAGCGCGCUACGGAGGAGGGGAAAACGGCCGAGAAAACCCGCGAAAAGGCUUUAUAAACACCACAAAGUGAAACAUUUAGGAAAGUUUUUCAACUUUAUUAAUUGUUUUAUAAAGAGACGUCGAACAUGGUUGAAAGAAGUGCGCUUUUCUUGGUGGGAUUUGUGGUGUUUUUGGUGUACGUUAGUGAGCCCGUGUCGGCCUUUAGGACUUGCGCUGAGGCCCGCUACUGCUGCCCGGGCCGAAAUAACACUUGCUUUGCUCAUGGACCUCGAAUGGAUAAUGACAAUAAGCAGAAGCGAUGUUUCUGUGACCAAGAGUGUGUUACCAUGGGGGACUGCUGCAUCGAUUACCAGCAGACGUGCACAGGCACGGAUUGUAUUGUGGAUGAGUGGGGAUCGUGGAACGAGUGUAGUGAGUUGUGUGGAUAUGGAACCCAGAGGAGGAAGCGGAAGAUCCUCCGUCACCGGCAGCACGGAGGAAAACGGUGUCCAGUCCGCCACGAGAAACGGGCAUGUGUAGGUGACCAGUGCUACGCUGUUCAAUCUGUGGAGUACAGAGGCAGAGAGCUCGGUGAAGUUGGGAAGAUCUUACCGGCGGAAUUUGGACGAUGGAGGACCAGCAGUCAAUACAGCAUGAUGCAUGAUAUAAGGAGGAAUCUUAUAGAAAAUCGCCUGAGUAAUGAAGUCCCUACUAGAUUAGCAUACUGCUCCAAAUAUACCAUCGUUGCUACCAGUGUAUACUGUAAUACAACGGAAGCAGGAAAGAAGUGGGCCAAUGAGCUUCAGUUGAACACCACCGUGUGUGUCCAGUGCGACCCAUUUGCUAUGAACAAGGAGCUGGGAACUCGCUGCGUGGGACAUGGCGUAUUUGGAGAAGUGACUCGCUGGAAGGCUGUGGAUGUCCCGUACUGCAACGGAAUGUGGAAAAUGAAGACGGAACCGUCCGACUGUGUGUGUGACGCCGAGUCCAAAGAAAGUUUUAUCUUAAUUUGAAAUGUGAAAGCAGAUUAAGACUGUAUCUUGUAAAAUGUUUCAAAAAAAGUGUAUGAUAGUAUUAGAGUAUAGUUCACUUAAAAACAUUACAUCUCUUAUGCCUGCCAAGUUUGGUUGACUGUCGGUCUUUCCCAGUAAGACUGCAAAGUGUGGUGGUUUUGAACUUACUUUAUUAAGCCAUGUGAUUUUUGGAGAUGUUUUGACACAAAGUUUUUUUUCUUUUUAGUAUCUAAGUUAGAGUCAGAGGAAUAAGACUGUGUAAUAUUCAAUGAUGAGAGUUCUGAUUGAUUUCAAUGUAUCGCCUGUAUAAGUUGUAACAAACAGUAUUUUUUGAAAGGUUGGAGCUUAGUGCUACAUCAGGUGAAAGAAAAUUAUUUAAAUGUGAAUGUUUCCCAUCGGAUUACAGUUAGUAAUCUUUGGCCAGUAUAUUUUUUCUCUCACAAUGUAGAAAGGAACAUGUGUAAAAGUUAACUACUUAAAAGUUUUCUUCUUUAGAUACUCAUUCAUAAUAUCUCGAGAACUUCAGAAUUUGGUUGUGGUUUCGCAUCUGUUGUUGUCUAUGGACUUCCCUCUGUAUUCCAGUAUGUGAAUAAUACUCAAAAUCCUGUGAAUGACAUAUGAACAUGAAUCAUAACCAACAAAUACCUCGCCACAAGAAUUUACAUAUGAAAGCAUCAUGGGUAAAUAAAAAUGUAUCAUCGAGUACAAGGCUGCUUGUGAUAUACUUUAAUGGGAGAUCUGAAAUACAAAUAUGUAACUCAUUGUACAUAAAAUUUAGUGAAUUCAUGUAUUUAAAAAAAAAAGAUGCUGAAAUAUUUGCAUACUGAUUGAAAUGGUGCUUCAAGGUAAAUUAAAAAUGUAACCAGAAAUAUUGCACCUAUGUUAAUUUGGCUUGACUUCUGAAUGCAAUGCUAGUACACAGCUAAUAGUGAUCCCAGUUUUUAGUAUGGUCAGGAUUUGUCCCGCUAGCUUUAGAUGUAUGUACCUACAGCAGACCUGUUUUGUACAUAAGUUGUCCGUUGUAGAGUAUUUUAACAUUUGUACUUGGUUAUCUUUGACACUGUAUUCUAUGAUUGCAUGUAAUUACAUUAUUAUUGUGUAAAUCCACUUAUAAAUGAUAGUUUUUGUACUGGAUUUUUAUCACAGCUUUUUCUCUUUGUAAUUCAGGUUCAUUUCAAUGUUCAAUUUAUUUAGUUGGAUGUUGUGAUAAAACAAACGGAAGAAUGAGGAGUGUUCUUUCUGACUGAGGGUUAGUUAUAAAUGCAUGCAUCUCAUCUGUAAAUACACUAUGUUAGUAUACUCAUCUGAAACUCAAUGUACUAAAAUAAAUUAUGAUAGAUAUA